AUGGCUCCAGUCGAAGCUUGGCAGAGGCGGGCCGACUAUUGGAUCGAGUUCCAUCAGGAACAGGACGAUGACUACGAGCAAGGGCUGGAAGAGUACUGGGGAGAGUUCGAGGCCGCUCGCACCUCCUCGAUAACCGACGAGGAAGAGGUCUGGCGAGAAGUCAUCAAGCUGCGCGAUGACUUCAUCCGAUGGUUCGAGAACCGGUACAAGAAGAUGUUUCCCCAGGUCGGAGGGCUCCGACCGUUCGACCAUCGCGAGAAGAGCACAGCUCUAGCCACGAGAGUGUGCAAGUUUAUCGACGAACGCGUCCGCUGGCUCGGCAUCAAGAAGAAGCUGCCGAAGGCGGCGACCGUCGCGCGCUGGGCCAGCACUUUCUACAAGAUCCUGAAAGUCGAGCUCUCGCCCGGACAAGUCUUUACGACGGAGGUCCGCUUCGAGAUCGAGAAGCAGGUCAACAAGAUUUGCGAGCUGCGAGGUCUGGACCAGUACAUCACCCCGAGGCCCAACUACGGCAAGGCCGAGCUCCUGCUCUUGAUCGAAUACGCGUUGCUGCCGGGCCAGCACGAGCACCACCCGGAACACGUUCUCCAGAACGUUCUCGCAUGGCAGCUGAUGUUCCUCACCGGAGGCCGUCCGGGUUCCCUGUGCUGGUCGAAGGAUGCAGACAAGGCCAAGGCGCGCUACAUGAAGGUCGGCGACCUGCAGUUCGUGAGGUCCAAGCCGAACGACCCACGCGCCAUCACGCUGCUCGUUUCGUUGAAGUACCUCAAGGCCGAUGGACCCGCGAGCGCCACCAAGUUCCCUCUCGAUUUCGUCUUGAUGCCACCGGGUCGGAGCCAGAACAUCAUCUUUGAUCCCGCCCUCACGGCCUUCGCGUUGUUCUUGUCGCGAGGUUACUUCAAGCACAUGAGGACAGCCGAAGACCUCUUCGCGGCCAGCACGGCGGCCAUCGAGGUGAGGGACGACGUCAAGGCCCUUCCUCUGUUCGCAUGCGCUCCUGCCGGCGGCCAGGGGCAGCGGGUCGGCCCCAGGCCCGAGCUUGGCCCGCUCAGCGCCCCUGUGCUGACGCAGGGGCUGCUCGCCUACGGAAGGGAAAUCGGCCUCGUCGGCACGAGCUAUUCGUUUCGCCACGACUCAGCCGAGGAGCUCGGCAGCGUGUUCGGCUCUCGAACGGCCGCCAUCGUGCUCAAUCAUGCCCACGCCGCGGGCAACGUCUCCGAACGUCACUAUCUGCGCACCAUCUCGAACCUCCCCAUCUCGGCCGUUCGCUACGGCGAGAACCUCCGCGCCAACAGUCUGAUCGCGCAGUCGAACGCGAGGUUUCGGCGGUACGCGGGCCUCGCCGUCAGCGCCGUCGUCAGGAUGGCGGCGAAGCGGGCCCGCGACGAUACCGCCGACACCAAGAGCGCCAGGAAGAAGCGGAAGAAUCCGAAGUUGGCAGAGGUCGAUCGACAAGCCGACGAACACGUCCAGCACCUCGUCGAAAACAUGAAGGAGAUCGUGGACCAGCUCAACCAGCUGGUCCCGGUCAAGUGCAAGGUACGCGGGUACAAAGGGAUCAGGCCGGCGGUGACCCAUGCGCAAGACCUGCGUCGGAAGGGAAAUGAUCAAAUCGCGAGCAAGAUCGAGGGUCUCGUACUCGAAUUUGAAGGCGUCAAGACCAAGAAGGAGAAGCAGAGGCGAGAGGAGCGGCGUCGCCUCAAGGUUCGAUACGAGAGAGAGGAACGUCAAGAGAUCCUCGGCAACGUCGAAGGGGAUGUCGUCGAACGGGUCGAGGCCCUGCGAUCGCUCGAGUCGUCCAAGCGAGCCGCCGAGACCAUCGAAAAGCUCACGUCGGCGCCCAAAAAGUUCAAGAUCGACGAAAGGCUCGACAAGGAGCUCGAACGCUCGACGGCGAUGUUUGCUCCCGAGAUUGCCGUCCAGCAGGAGGCGCGUGCCGGUCGCUCGACGCACAGCUCGAUGUCCGCGCCACAGGUGGCUUCGACGUCGUCCGCGGCCCCGUCAACAUCGCCCACGGCCCCGUCAACAUCGCCCACGGCUCCGGCAACAUCGCCCACGGCUCCGGCACAGAGAGCGGGAGACGAGGUUGUCGACGACGGACUCUUCGAUGGAGAGCCGCAGCCCUUGUACGACGACCGCGACGAGGCGGAGGCCUGGGGUGCCAGCCUCGACGACGUGGUGCAGGGUCGACUGGCGCUGCUCUCCGCAUACAUCGGCAAGCUCCGAUCCACUGGCCUCCUGCGCGAGGUUGAGGCGUUUGCCUCUACCCACGCCAUGUGUUACUUCUGCGGGGCACCCCUUGAACCCUCGAUCGCGGCGAGCACCAGCAACCUGCGACGCCACCUGCGCCGCCACGAGGAGUGGGCGGCGGCCCAGAUCGGCGUCCGUAGCGAGCCCUUCACCGUCGCCACGCUUGAGGAAUCGCUGCUUCGCUCAGCGAGCUCGGGCCAAGGACUUCUCGCGAACUCGCCGAUGUCGGGACGCGACUUUGAGCAGGCGAUGGCCGCGUGCCGCUCGAGGCCUCUCACCACCGCCUGGCUCUGA